AUGAAGCUUCUAAAAUCCUGGUUGGCCGCUGUGUGCUUCGCCAAUCCCGUUCUCGCAUCAUCACCAAUCGUGCAUUCGCAGGCUGGCAUAUACCAAGGACGUUUCUUGCAAGAGUUCGACCAAGACUUGUUUCUAGGUGUCAAGUAUGCUCCAAAGCCAGUGCGAUUCGCGCCCGCUCAAUUAGCACCGGAUUUGCCCACAACAUACCACAAUGCGACGCACCAAGGACAAACGAAACAAAUCUUCCGAUAUUACUAUGGAUCUACGGAGGCGGAUGGCAGCAGGGUGCUACUAGUGACCCAAGUACUCAACAACAAGCCCGUCAUUGGUAUCUCGAUCAACUACCGCAUGGCAGCGUUUGGCUUCUUGUAUAGUAAGGAGGUUGAGCAGGCUGGCGCACAGAAUCUAGGACUUCGUGACCAACGACUCGCGAUGCAGUGGGUCAACAAGCACAUCUCAGCCUUCGGCGGUGAUCCCGAAAAAGUCACGAUCUGGGGUGAAUCGGCGGGCGCGUAUUCAGUUGGUGACCACAUAGCCGCAUAUAACGGCGAUAACGAGGGCUUAUUUCGCGCGGCUAUUUUGGAAAGCGGUAAUGCUGUUGGUGCGCCACUCAAUGGUACCGACUGGUACCAGCACAUGUACGACAAUCUGACCGAGUCGGUCGGCUGCUCAGAUGCCAAGGAUACGCUCCAGUGUCUUCGUGACGUACCCUACGAGACCAUCGCACCAUAUGGCUACCAGGGUCUCGAAUGGUUCCACGUCAUAGACGGUAGCCUAAUACCUCGAUACGGCCAACAAUCGUUGCAAAAAGGCAAAUUUGCGAAAAUCCCGCUUAUUCUUGGCACCAACACCGACGAAGGUUUCGGUGUGAACGGCGUUAACAGCGAUUCCGAUGCUAUCAACCAGCUGGUACACUCCAAGCGCUGGAACGUCAACGAUACUGUCGCGGAGAAGCUUCUCGAGCUGUAUCCAAACGACCCUACACUUGGCGAGCCAUAUGGCUGGGGCAAUCGCACAUGGCCUCAGUAUGGAAUACAGUACAAAAGAUACCAGAGUAUCGCGACUGAUCUGACAAUGUAUGCUCCUCGGAGGUUGCUCGCGCAAAGCAUGAGUGAGCACGUCGACAAGGUGUAUUCGUAUCGAUGGGAUGCGCCCAAGUUCAACAACACACCAGAAUUAAUCGGCGUCAAUCACUUCUCUGAGAUACCCUUCGUUUUUGGAAACCCAGAACAGCAGCUCACUCCAUUGGGCAAUAGCUCCGAAAACGUUGCCUUGUCAAAGCUAGUCAUGCGCAUGUGGACAUCUUUCGCGUACGAUCUUGAUCCUAAUGGUCAUGGAGUAUCUCAAACUCCUGGAUGGCCGAGCUAUGCCACCAAUGCAACCAACUUUGUCUUCCGAAAAGACCAAAGCUAUGUCGAGGAUGACGGUGAUAGAGCUGAGGGAGUUGCAUUCAUCAACAGCUUAGUGCGAUGA